CGGGUGGGCGGUCCAGAUCUAGGGCAGCGGCUACUACCUUGUGGCCUCCCAGGCGGGUGCGGCGUCGGCCACCAUGUCCCUGGCGGCCUCAGCGGGCCGGGGCCUGGGGACCAUGUGGUCCCCAACUCACGUGCAGGUGACGGUGCUACAGGCGCGGGGCCUGCGGGCCAAGGGUCCCGGGGGCACGAGCGACGCGUACGCGGUGAUCCAGGUGGGCAAGGAGAAGUACGCCACGUCGGUGUCCGAGCGCAGCCUGGGCGCGCCCGUGUGGCGCGAGGAGGCCACCUUCGAGCUGCCGCCACUGCUGUCCUCGGGGGCCGCGCCCUCGGCCGCCGCCGCCACCCUGCAGCUCACCGUCCUGCACCGCGCGCUGCUCGGUCUCGAUAAGUUCCUGGGCCGCGCCGAGGUGGACCUGCGCGAGCUGCACCGGGACCAGAGCCGCAGGAAGACGCAAUGGUACACCUUGAAGUCCAAGCCAGGAAAGAAGGAGAAAGAGCGAGGGGAAAUUGAGGUCGAUAUCCAGUUCAUGAGAAACAACAUGACAGCCAGCAUGUUCGACCUCUCCAUGAAAGAUAAGUCCCGGAGUCCAUUCGGAAAACUGAAGGACAAGAUCAAAGGGAAGCAUAAGGAGAGCGCCUCGGACACUGCGUCUGCCAUCGUCCCCAGCACGACACCCUCGGUCGACAGCGAUGAGGAGUCUUCCUCCUCAAAAGACAAGAAAAAGAAAUCGAAGAUCAAGACUUUGUUUUCCAAGUCGAAUUUGCAGAAGACGCCGCUCUCCCAAUCCAUGUCCGUCCUGCCUACUUCAAAGCCGGACAGAGUGCUGCUGCGACCUGGAGACUUCCCGUCCCGGUGGGACGGUGAUGACAAUGAGGACGAGUCCUCCUCCACCUCGGAUGUCCUGUCCCACAAGAGAACAUCCAGUGGAGAGCAUACACAACUGAACCAGACCAGCUUCAGCCUUCCCAAGAAAGAAGGGCUGUCCUUCCUCGGAGGCCUCCGGUCCAAGAAUGACUCCCUUUCGAGAUCUAACCUCUGUAUCAACGGGAAUCAUGUUUACAUGGAGCAGCCAGAGGUCAAGGGUGAGAUCCGAGACAGCAGCCCUUCGAAUUCCCCAUCCCCGCAGGGUUUCAGGAAGAAGCAUUUGUUCUUGUCCACCGAAAACCUGGCUGUCCGGUCUCCUAAGGAACCGGGGGAAGGAGAUGGUGUGACCUCUGACAGGCGACUGUCCGACUCUUCCACCAAGGAGUCUGUGAAGUCCAUGUCUUUGCCGUCCUACCGGCCUCUGACCAGUGGAGAGAGCGGAGAGAGCAGAGAGAGCGUGUCCCCAGCAACCGUGGAGGCUACCAAGGAGACCAAAGACAGCAAGAAGCAGGAGACCAAGAAGUCCUCUUUGCUUUCUCUGGUGACGGGCAAGAAAGAUGUGGCCAAAAGCAGCGAAGGCGAACCUCUCCCCGCUGCCUCAGAGAAAGAGAAGGAAGGGAAAGCCACGCUCGUGGAAGCCCAGCUGGGAGAGGAAGAGCUCGGAAGAAGGUCUGAGAGAGAUGCUGUGCCUGUUGCCUCCCAGCGGGGCAACUCCCUGAACCCCUUUGAAGAUGUGCCGAUCUCAAACCCAGAAGCCGGCCUGGAGCCUAAGUCUGAACCAAAGCCACCAGUUCCCGCUGCAAGGACUCUCCAGACCAAAGCUGUGAAGCCUAGACUGGACGUCCCUCCAGCGGCUCAACCCCAGGCCAGGCUUCCUUCCCCUGACUCUGCUCUCUUUCCUGCUCUCCCUUCUAGCUCUACCCGGGCACCUGUCUUUUCAGAGACACAGUCCUCUGAAAGUCCUUCUGCCUCCUCCUCUUUCUCAUCUCCCCUGGCAGCUCCCAUCUCCACCUCCACUCCAAUUGAGCACUGGCCCCCCGCAGGCCAGGGGGAGGUCCAUUCUGAAGAACCUUCUUUGCUCCUCAAAGCAGUUUCUCAGAAGGAGAGUCUAACACCAGCUCCGAAUAGUGGUUCUUCUGCCUCAGGAUCACCUUGCAAACAAAUUACCAUCCCAGUGCAGAAAGGGACGGAAGAGUCUUCAGAGGGCAAGGCCGGGGAGACAGGCACAGAGACAGAAGGCCAAGGCCGCAGUGACGCGUCAGGAAACAACCCCGUGGGGCAGCACAAAGACCUCCAGACGGUUCCUUUCCCAGGGCAGCACUGGGUCCCCUCCCCUGACGAGGCCCAGGAAGUGUCCUCUGUGCUUUCACUCAGCAGUGGCAGCAUCGAAGACCCCGCUGAGAAGUCUCCCACGGCGAGAAGCACAGGCUCUGAGCAUCGGUCUAGGUCUUUUGUGGAGACCCAUCAGAACGGUGCAGUGGCUUCUGCAGUCAAGGAAGCGACGCCCCCUCUUCAGGAAGAAGAGGCAGCCUCCCCAUUUGGCGGCACAGCACAGAGACUCAAAGGAACACCGACCGCCAGGGGAGCUCAAAAGAAAGUCAAGAAGCGCGUGUCCUUUUCUGAACGGCUCUUUGUGGAGGAAGACACUGAAAAACCCACUGAGCUUGAGGAAGAGGACGAAAGUCAUCCGCAGCAGCUGGCACGUGAAGGGGCCAUGGCCGGAGACGCGCCCGGUGAAGAGUCUCCAGAGUGUCCCCACACAGCAGGCACAGGGGAGGGACCUGUGACCACGGCAGCUUCUGAAAGCCAGAGUUUCUCAGAAGAUCCCACAAGUGAGGCCAGCCCAGCAAGGGGCACCCAACUCUUGAGGGUUGAGGAGAACGAUGACUUCGUGACUCAGUAUCAGAGCAAAGCCAGCGAUCAUGAAGGCCUGCUCUCCGACCCCCUGAGUGACCUUCCGUCUGCCUCUGACGUGAAGUCCCCUAUCAUGGCUGACCUGAGCUUGUCUCUUCCUUCCAUUCCCGAAGUGGCAUCAGACGAUGAGAGAGUCGAUGAGGCUGGGGAUGGAGGGGGGGGAGCAAGGCUGGUUGAUCUAGAAGCGGGAGUUUCACCCACCAACAUGUCACCUUCCCGUCUGGAGAAGGCACACGGGUCAGUGCUCACGGAGAAUCGCCGUGACUCCAGGCCCAGAGCUCCCAUGGCGGCUCCUUCCGAGCAGACAGCAGCACUGGGAACUCCUAAGCCACCUCUGAGCAAGAGCUCCAGUGUGAAUAACCAGUUACCAGGCCCUGGGACUGUCGAGGAAGAGGAAGUGAAGCAAAGUGGGAGGCCAGAUCCGCCUCCCCGCAUAUCCCAGGACCCUCCCAUGCCCAGCCCCUCGUCCUCUGAGACCUUUCCUGCUGCAUGCUCUUUGCCUAGCUCUCCAUAUUCUGACAGUCACCACAGCAGUGUAGCGGAACCUCCAAACAAAGCAACAGCAGAGGCCGCUGGUAAAGUUGAAACUGUUGGCAAGAAGAAGCCCCUUCUGCAAGCCUGGGUCACACCCUCAGAGAUCCACCCAGUCUCAGCUCCGCCAAGUGCUGGAGCUGGGGCAGCCAAGCACAGGCUUCAUCCCGUGAAGCCGAUGAACACAACACCCACCAAGAUUACAAACCCUAGCCUGGGGACUGCCGCCAUCAUCAGUGAGAACCUGAUCAACGAAGCCAUUAUAAAGAAGUACCAGCCCUCGGACCCCGCCUUCGCGUACGCACAGCUGACCCACGACGAGCUGAUCCAGCUGGUCCUCAAACAGAAGGAAACCAUCAGCAAGAAGGAGUUUCAGGUGCGCGAACUGGAAGACUACAUCGACAACCUGCUGGUCCGAGUCAUGGAGGAGACCCCCAACAUCCUCCGAGUGUCCACUCCGCUCGGCAAAAAGGCCGGAAAGAUGUGAAUCGCAGGAAGGAAACGGAGAUGUUUUGUGAGCUUGUUUCCACUACCUCUCGAGGUCAAGGGCAUGGUCUGCCUAGUAACCAGCACACAGUCAGUCUCCUGUUGCCGGUGUGCGUUGUCUGUCGAGAGUUAAUUCUCCUAGUUGAAACCAGGUUAAUGAUUACAAUGUAUCUUUUCUAUACA